UAACCCACCCCAAACAACCAUUUUCAUAUAUAAGUUUAAUAAACACAGAUUAAAAGCAUAACUAUUUAAAACAUAUUAUCAGCGAGGAAAGAAGAAAUCAACAAAGCAAAACCACCAGAUGCGCCUUCCCAGCACAGCCCUCCGCGCCUUCGGCUCACCCCUCAUUCGUAUCCCCCCCGCUUGCCUACCCACCCGACUCCCAGCUCCCGUACCAAGUGCAAAAACGGUACUCAAAGCUGCCCCUACUAUCCCGUUCCUAAGCUCCCUUUUCAGCUCCAGCGCCAACGCCGAACCCCCGACCGAAAAUAUGGCGCCGCCCACAGAUAACCGGAGCGAGGAAGAGUGGCGCGCAGUGCUCAGUCCUGAGCAAUUCCGCAUCCUCCGUCAAAAGGGUACAGAGAGACCCGGGACAGGCGAGUACGACUCCCACUACCCCAAGGAAGGGGUUUAUUGCUGCGCUGGGUGCAAUGCGCCCCUAUACAAGGCGACACAUAAAUUCAAGUCUGGGUGUGGAUGGCCUGCCUAUUUCGACUCAAUUCCCGGGGCUGUCCAGAGACACGUGGACAACUCGUUAGGGAUGGAGAGGACGGAAAUUACGUGCAAGAAUUGUGGAGGGCACUUGGGCCAUGUCUUCAAAGGAGAGGGGUUUCCCACCCCCACGGACGAGCGACAUUGCGUGAAUAGUAUCAGUUUGACAUUCAGGGAUGAGGUUGAGGGUGCGAAGGCGAAGGCAUAACGGGGUCUUUUGGAUAUCUAUCGCAUCGCUUCAAUAUAUAUGGCCGAAUGGGUAUCUUAUUCUUACGCCCCUACUGCUGAUGUCAGUGCCACAGAUCCCCGAGCGGGAGAAGUAGCGAAAGGAAAGAGAAUCCCGUAUGGCGUCGAGCUCAUAAAGCUUGCAAGGAGAAGAUCCCUCUUGUAACCGCCGCGAAGAUAGGAAGUACAAAUAAGGGAUCGUCCUUGAGUAUACGGGCAAGUUGAGUUUCCUGGCGCGACUAUCAACUUUGGGAAAGAAUUAGCCCACUAGCUCAGGAAAGCCCGAUUUAUCUGUAAAUGCGAUCACCACAUGCUGGUUUUAGACCUC